AUGGAAGAGUUGACCCCACCCUCCAAGCGCAGACGACUCGACGACAAUCUUAACCGCAACUACUCAGGAGACCGACAACCUCAAGACAAUCCAACAAUACCACUAGAUUCGAUAUAUGCUACUCAUUUGCAUGAUCGGCGGACAGCUUCACCAGGAAACCAGCGUGCUAAUGAAGUCAGUGCCGAAUACCACGAUGGAUCCUUUUUCACGGAUACCUCGAGUGCGCUGAGCCAUAAUUCAACACAAUGCUGUUUUGGCAUGCUAUGCGAUUUCCCUGUUAAUCCCACUCGUGAUCCCGAUAUUACCCCCCAGACAACUCUUCCAGUCGAUUUUCGACAUCCGAAUCAAUUGUCUUCCCCCUGUGGCACAAAUGCAUUCGAUAUACAAAAGAGGGAAGAAGCAGCGUUAGUUGCAGAAUUGGGCACUAUUCCAGAGUUAGCUACGCAACUUUAUUGCCAUAUAAAGAAUGAGGAUCUUGUCUCUGAGAGGUAUAGUUUGGGAAAGUGCAAAAGACGUCCGAAAAGACGACGAUUGUGGUAUCUUAACAUAAUCAUAUACGGCAACAGAGGGCUCGAAAAUCAGGUGGGAAAUUAUCUUUCGAGGCGUAAGAUGUAUCUUCAAGAUCCGCUUGGGUGCACACGUUGCGUGCCCUAUCUCAACCCACACAUUCUUUCUUCAGAAACCGAUGAAGUCACCAUGACUGACUUCUUUGAUGCGGUUGGUGACCUUUCGAUUGAAAGAAUGGAACCAGGGAUGGACCUACUUGCCCAAUUGAUGAAGGAUGAAAUUCCCUUACCGGAGACAGAGGCACCGAAAAGCGUCAAAUCCUCAUCCUCUUUAUUCCGGCAUCAGAAACAAGCUUUGACCUUCAUGAUAAGGCGCGAGGAAGGCUGGGAUUGGGACUGCAAUACCCAGGACUUGUGGAGUCGGCAAGGCAACACACAGGGGCGAGAGCGAUUUUCGGGGUGUCUGCUCGCAGACGAUAUGGGUCUCGGCAAGACGUUGUCAAUGAUCUGUCUUCUUGUCGCCAAGCGAGAUCGAGUUGAAACUUCUCCCUCGAACGAAAAUUUCAUAGCCCUGAAAGCAACCCUGAUAAUCGUUCCACCUGGCUUGAUACAAAACUGGGAGAAGCAGAUCCGAUUGCAUCUCGAACCAGGAAACCUCACGACUUAUGUUUACCACGGCCAGAACACGCAGGAAGUCGAUGAGUUGUGUCAUUAUGAUGUUGUGAUAACGACAUAUCAUACUGUUUCCUCAAUCUGGAGGAAGAACAAAGAUAGCUUGCAACGACGGAAGACAUUGUUCUCGUUCUCAUGGCAUCGGGUGGUAUUGGACGAAGCUCAUACCAUCCAGAAUUCGCAAAGCCAUCUAGCUCAAGCCUGCUACGCACUCAAUUCUCUGAGAAGAUGGGCGAUCACUGGCACUCCGAUACAAAACAAGUUGACGGACUUUGCUAGCAUUGUUAAGUUUCUACAAGUCUAUCCAUAUGCCGAUGCCAGAACUUUUGAGCAUGAUAUAUUGAAACCAUGGCGAGAUGGAAAAGGCACAGACCCACAAGGCUUUUUGAGGCUCAAGGUUCUUGUUCGUGCAAUCACCAUUGGCCGCACUAAAGCAGUCAUUGAUCUUCCUCCGCGCCUCGAUGAAAUCCACCACCUUCACUUCACAGAGGCCGAGCGUGACAAAUAUGAGUCUGUCAAAACCACAUCCCGAAAUCUACUUGAGGAAGCCAUUUCUUCGGGAAGAAACGGUGGCAAGACGUUGAAUGCAUUGUCGCUGCUCAACCUAUUGAGGCUGAUCUGCAAUCACGGUCUCCUUGGGCAACAUAGUCUCGACAAAAGACUACUUUACACAACAGGACAUAUAUCAACUAAACAACAGUGGCCCGACGAGCCUAAUUUGAACAUCAAUAACAUCCUGGAUGGUUCUCGAAGGUGUCAAAGUUGUGGUGAACCCCUACUCGAAGAUCUACUCGAAGGACCAACCUCUUUCGGUGGAGCUUCUGAUAUAGUUUCGAGCGCCAUGAAUCCAAUGCACUGUAUGAGAUGUAGAUUUCAAAAUACCGAUGAACCUAUGGGUUAUUCUCAAGAAGUCAUAGCAGAAUUGCCCAGCAGCAUCGAAACUUCGUCAGCUCCUACUCCAACGGCAGAGACUGACAACACUCAUACACUUGAGUUAAUGUCAACCAAAAUCAAGGCCCUGGUACAAGAUCUGUGUAAACAUGCCGCAACUGAAAAAAGUGUCGUUUUCUCUUAUUGGACCAGCACGCUUGAUUACGUUCAAAUGAUGUUUGUCGACAAAGGCAUCACGUACACGAGGAUUGACGGCAAGACUCCGCUUCGUGCUAGGAACCAAGCUGUUCAUGCAUUUCAAACAGGCGACUCGGUUCGAGUUAUUCUAGUUUCAAUCACUUGUGGUGGAGCUGGGCUAGACUUAACUGCCGGUUCCCGAGCCUACCUCCUGGAACCACAUUGGAACCCCAUGGUCGAGGAGCAAGCUCUCUGUCGAGUUCAUCGUGUUGGUCAAAAGCGCAAUGUCACUACGAUCCGAUAUCUUAUGCGUGAUUCUUUUGAAGAGCAAAUCGUCGAUUUGCAGAAGAAGAAGAAAUUGCUGGCGCAAGCUACAUUUUCACAAGAUCCCCUGACAGAAGAUGGGAUUGGCAUGGGCAUGUUACAGUAUUUGAAGUCUGUCCUUCAGUGA